GAUUUUCCCUGACACGACUUUUGCUGGACUAAGUAGUAGGAUUACAACUUCGCCUUGUACUACUAUUUUUGAGUAGGGGGGGGGGCAGCGUAGUUUAUACUGUCCUCUGACUGUACCUGUAGUACAACUAGUUGUAGAAGGUUUUCAGCAUGUUGAUAGUCUAUCCCUUCAUCCCUUGGACCACUUAGAGCUUAAGAGCACAGCUAGCUGACUACUUGUACAACCACCAAAAAUGAUCUACACAUUGGGCCACAGCCGGCACUCGGUCCAAGACCUGAUUAUGGCAGGAAGAGAAACACUUCUUUGGCUCUAAAGCACAUGAACAUCCUAGGGUUUUUUUUUCAUUGGAAGAAAAAUUGAAGCACAUUCAUUAAACCCAACAACUUCAUCCCACCGGCUUCAUACCACCCUUUCCCUCUUCAUACCACUCGACGAGUACCUGCAACCCUUCGACAUCACCGUCAUCAUCGACGUACGAGCAUCGCCUUAUUCAAGAGCUAAUCCACAGUUCAACUGCGACUCUUUCGCCAAAGAACUACAAGCAAGCGGGGUCGCUUACGUCCACGCGCCAGAACUUGGAGGAGCGCCUCAUCAUUCAUCUGGAUCUGGGGACGACGAGCAAGCUGAGAAUGCUGCUGAUAGUAUGCCAUCUUUUGUCGGAGGUGGGAGGACCAUAAGUAGUGUCGACGGAGCUCCUCCAGCUCGUGGCAUUUUUACCAACCUGCGACAAGAAUCUGGGAAAGCCAUGCUCGCAGAAGUUUUGAGGAUAUCUGGCGUGCUUUUGAAUAGCGGAUUUCGAGACGCUUCUGCACAAGACCAACUACAGCACUCUUCGUUCAACGAAGCUUCACGUCAAGUCCGUUCGAAACAGAGACAACCGUUUGGUUUGCGGUUGGAGGACCUAGAAGAAGUAUCUCGAGAAAUAUUAACUGGGAGAAUUUUCGACGCAUCCAGUUCCUCCACCUCCUCCUCAUCUACAAACAAAGGAUCAUCUACCGGAUCCACCUCCUCCUCCUCCUCAUCUACAAACAAAGGAUCAUCUACCGGAAGAAACGUUGCCCUUCUAUGCAGUGAGUUCUCUUGGCGAGAAUGCCACAGACAGGUGAUCGCGCAGAGGAUCGAAGAAAUCGCGCCAGGGAGUAUACGCCACUUGGGUGGACGUAGUUCUUCUCGUAGAGCAGGUGGAUCAUCUUCGAAGAUUUUAUGCGAAGAGUGUCAUCCGCAGACGGGCUUUCGAUUUGCGCCAGACUUGGUAAAGUCCCAAGGUGGAGGAGAUGAUGAUCUCCGGAUACAAGAUGUAAGGUUUUGUGAGCCGGUGCUCAACUUGGAGAAAAUAGUGUUCAAUACUAACAGCGCAACUGCUGGCCAAAGCGUAAGCGAGCAACCCAACGAUGACGAACUUGAUAAGCCCCCACCAAAAACAAAGCAAAAACGCUGGGGAAAUAGAGCAAAGAAGUAAAGAUAGAGAAAGUCAGAGAUAAUUUUUAUGAUCCGUACUUCUUCUUCUUCUACUUGUUCUAAUGUCGAUUACGAUCUGAUCUUCUAGCCUCUUCUACUUCUUCUAACGUAUCUCUGAAGAACGUUCGAAGCUAGUCGCGAUAUCUAGAAGAAAGCUAGUCGAGAUUAUUAUCAGAAGAAGAACGUUCGUAAAGAAAGUUAGAGAUGAUCAUGAUCCGCAAAUCGCAUACGUUCUUCUUCUUCUAACGUUGAGGACAGAAAGCCCUAUUCCAACUCGAAUAUCACCGUGCGUCAAAGAAGACGAACCUUCGGGUUGUAGUUUCAUCAGUAGUGAGCAAG